AACUAUGCUUAAAACUGAAAACACUACCUUUUAUUGCUUAUUAGAAAGCCCAUUUCCCCCCCGUAACUUACGCCUUUCAUUCGAAUCGAUUGAAGGUCCACCAGAACAACAAUGGCAGCAACCCAAUAUAGAAGUCACCGUCAAUUCCUCUCCACUAUCUUCAUUUUACGCAAUGGAAUAAGUAGAAGAAGAAGAAAACCAAAAGCAAAAAUCAAUGCUUCUUCGUCCGCAUAAUGUGUCUCAAGGCAUCGAUUCUUCCGUUUCUUUCAAAUCGGAAUCGUUUCUGAAUAGUGAGAAUUAAGAGUAAUAAAGGUUUUCGCGCAAUCGUGUUUGUUUCCUGACUCCGAGAGUCAACUCUGCGUAUUUGUUUACUUUAUUACUUGUACGCUUUUCUCUCUCUUUAUAAAUUCUCAAGUUCCGGUUGCAAUCUGAAACCUAGGUAGGUAUUAGCAUUACCUUGAACUUGCAAACUAGCUCCAUUUCUUUCUUCUUCAUAAUGGCGGAACAGAGCACUAUCUCAACAGGAUCGGAUCCUCCUCCAUUUGACCCAACUGAACCGUCUACUCCUAUUGCUUUCCCAAUCAAAACUCUCGAGGACCUUGAAUCAAGGGCCUACUUCAAGUCAUUCCAUUACCCAUUUAAUAAAUCCACGGUUGCUCUUCAACCUCUGCCGUUGCCUGACCGGCGGAGAAUGCUUGUGUGUCAUGAUAUGGCUGGUGGAUAUAAAGACGAUAAAUGGGUUCAGGGAGGAACUAAUCCAGAUGCUUUUGGAAUAUGGCAUUGGUAUUUGAUCGAUGUUUUUGUGUAUUUCUCGCAUGAUUUGGUCACGCUUCCACCUCCUUGUUGGACAAAUACAGCUCACAGGCACGGCGUCAAGGUGCUAGGAACUUUUAUUCUUGAAGGAGGGGGAAAGGAUGUUCGGGAUACCUUGCUUUUAACAAAGGAAUCUGCUCAAAUGUAUGCGGAGCGCUUAACCGAACUUACUAUUGCAUUAGGCUUUGAUGGAUGGCUGAUGAAUAUGGAAAUCUCUUUGAAUUCUCACCAAAUUCCCCAUAUGAAAGAAUUUGUCAGCCAUUUAACUCGGUCUAUGCAUUCUAAGCUACCAGGAUCUUUAGUUAUAUGGUAUGACAGUGUAACCAUAGAUGGUAAGCUUGACUGGCAAAAUCAAUUGAAUGAGAGAAAUAAACCUUUCUUUGAUAUCUGCGAUGGAAUAUAUGUAAACUAUGGUUGGAAAGAAGAUACUCCUAAAAAUUCUGCUGCUGCUGCUGGAGAGAGAAAGUAUGAUGUGUAUAUGGGCAUUGAUGUUUUUGGGAGAGGUACUUAUGGUGGUGGAGAAUGGCAUACAAAUGUUGCGCUGGAUCUUCUGAGAAAGGAUGAUGUUUCGGCAGCCGUAUUUGCUCCUGGGUGGGUGUAUGAGCACGAGCAGGAAACAGAUUUUCAGACUGCUCAAAAUAAAUGGUGGAAUCUUGUGAAGAAAUCCUGGGGUUUAGUGCAAAGUUACCCAAAACUGUUACCAUUCUACUCAAAUUUUGAUCAGGGUCAUGGUCAUCAUGUUUCCAUAGAUGGAGAACAAAUAUCAGAUGCUUCUUGGAACAAUCUGUCCAGUCAAGGGUUCCAGCCUAUACUUGAUGUGACUGAUGCUUCAACUUCACAUUCUAUCCAAGCUUAUUUAAAUUUUAAGGAAGUCUACAAUGGGGGAGGAAGCAUUGCAUUAGAAGGGACUCUGGAGCAAAAUUGCUACACUGAAAUACGACUCUUUCGAGGAGAGCUUGUUUUGGGGGAAGAUCCUUUAAUAUGCAUGUAUUCGUCACAGUUAAAUGGGGAUUCUCAAGUAGGCCUUUCGUUGGAGUUUCUUUCUAACACAAAUAAGAGAAAGUUACUUCUUACCUCCAGCAUUCAAAAGCAAUUCUCAAACGAUUUCUCCGAAGUGAUUGAGACAACUCCACUUGAAGCACCUAGAAUUUCUCCUCACUGGUCCGUUCAAGUAGGUCGUAUUCAAAUGAAUGGAUACAAACUAACAAAUAUAAAUAUUCUAUGCUACAGAUCAAGCCUUGAAACUACUGAACCAAAAUACACAUCUGAACUUGACAAAAAUAACACACUAGAUCGCAAUUCGUCAUCCAAGUACUUUGCAGUGCUCGGAAGUAUCACUUUACGAACUUGUGAGGAACCAGAUCUUCCUCCCAGUGAUUCAUGGAUAGUUGAAAGUCCAUAUACUAAAUGGACUCCAAGUCCAGAGGGAACAAGGACACUUGACAUUAAGAUCACUUGGAAGUUGAAAGAUAGCAGUAACCACACAGUGAUGGAUCACUACAAUGUCUAUGUGGUAAAAGUAGCCGAAGGUUGCAAAUCCCAUGUGGACGAAAUACAAAAUGUUCCAGAGUACCUUGGGGUGGCACAUGUAGAAGCUUUUUAUGUUUCUAACCUUGCAGUUCAUUCUAGCACCUCACGGCUCAAAUUUAUGAUCCAAGUUUGUGGAGUGGAUGGGAGUAGCCACAGGUUGGAAGACUCUCCAUUUCUUUAUUUGGAUAUUGAAGAUAUAUGGGUUUGCAAAUGUUCAUCUCUCAGUCAAAUCUACUCCGUCUUGACGUCUAUGAAAGAGACCAUAAGGGCGUCAAUAAAGAACAUGAUCGUUGAGUUCGUGAAAUGAAGAUGAAUGAAGAAUGCAAUUGAAUUGCACAACUUUUUCAUAGACAAUUCAAACGUACACUAAGUAUUCUUAUUUAAUUUGUAUUGACUUUCUUUAUUUUCCCUAAUAAUGUAUUUCUUCAUAAUCAAGCAAUGUCAAUAAACUUGUUUCUUUUUAUACAAAUAAAAGCAGAAGCUCCAAUCAAUGGUACAUCUUGA